UGCUGAUUGAUUUGUAAGAAGAGAACAAACAUCCUGUUAUUUGCUGAAAACAAACAAACAAACAAAAAAUGGGACGUUUCUUUUUCUUUUAUUCAUUUCUGUGUUUUGUGUUGCUAAUAAGUGAAUGCUUUUCUUCUUCCUUUGAUCAUCAUCUUUGCUCUCCCACUGAAGCUUCUGCUUUGCUUCAGUUCAAACAAUCCUCUCAAAUUACGUACUUUAGUUUUCUGGGUGAUGGAGCUUCUUUCCCAAAAACAGAGUCUUGGAAUGAGAGUAGGGAUUGCUGCAGUUGGGAUGGAGUCACUUGUGACUUAUUAAACGGUCAUGUUAUCAGGUUAGACCUUAGUUGUAGUCAGCUUUUUGGCACUUUUCAUCCCAAUAGCACCCUCUUCCAACUCCAUCAUCUCCAAACACUAAACCUUGAUAGCAAUUACUUUAAUCCUUCUUCAAUCCCAAAUGGCAUUGGCCGAUUGACGAAUUUGAGGCACAAAACUCUCUGUUGGAAUGGAUUACAACUUGACGAGAGAACAUUUGAAGCAAUGUUUCAGAACUUCACAAAUCUGGAGAUACUUUCUCUCUUUGAAGUCAACAUCUCAUCUGCGAUACCUGUGAAUAUUUCUUCUUCCUCCUUAAGGUAUCUGGAUCUUGGUUAUACUAAUCUGCGAGGUGUUCUCACAGAGAGCUUUUUCCUUCCGUCAAACAGCUUGGAAACGCUCAAAUUGAGUGAUAAUGAUCUUCUCAAAGGAGUUUUUCCAAAGAUCCACCGGAGCAACACUCUGUUAAUGGAGUUGGAUAUUUCAAACACAGGCAUCUCUGGUGAGCUGCCUCAUUCAAUUGGCACCUUCAGUUCCUUGAAUAUCUUGAACCUCCAUAGAUGUCAAUUCUCUGGUUCCAUUCCUCAUUCCAUAGGCAACCUAACACAAAUUAGGGAGUUGGAUUUAUCUAAUAAUCAUUUCACUGGCCAUAUUCCUUCCACAAUCUCUAAAUUAAAGCACCUCAGAAUUUUAUAUCUUUCUGACAACUCCUUUUCAGGUGAAAUUCCUGAUGUUUUCUCUAACCUCCAAAAGCUAAGUUAUUUAGAUCUUUCUUCCAACUCCUUUUCAGGUGAAAUUCCUGAUGUUUUCUCUAACCUCCAAAAGCUAAGUUAUUUAGAUCUUUCUUCCAACUCCUUUUCAGGUGAAAUUCCUGAUGUUUUCUCUAACCUCCAAAAGCUAAGUUAUUUAGAUCUUUCUUCCAACUCCUUUUCAGGUGAAAUUCCUGAUGUUUUCUCUAACCUCAAAGAGCUACGUACUUUACAUCUUUCUAAUAACAGCUUCAUCGGUUCGUUUCCCUCUUCAAUUUUAAGUUUGACACAUCUUGAAUACUUAGACAUGUCGAGUAACUCCCUAUCUGGCCCACUGCCUAGCAACCCAAGCAUGCUUCAAAAGCUAACUUCUGUGGAUUUGACAUACAACUCACAGAAUGGUACCAUACCAUCUUCGGUGUUUAGCCUACCUUUGCUAUCUUCAGUGUCGCUCCAACAUAACCGAUUCAGAAGACUAGCCGAUGAAGUGAUCAAAACAAACCCAACAUUAAAAGAACUGCAUUUAAGCAAUAAUCAACUCAGUGGUUCUUUUCCUCAAUCACUUGUGAAUCUCACAAAUCUUUUUACCCUUGACAUUUCAUCAAAUAACAUCACUAUUGAUGAGGGAAUGAAUAUCACCUUUCUUAGCCUAUCAUCUUUAUUCUUAUCUGGCUCACUUCCUGCAAAAGUUUUUGGAAACUUCAAGGCAAUGAUCAAAUUAGAUGGUGAAGACACAGGAAAUAUCAAGUACAUGGAAUCUGUGUUGAAUUCGUCAUUUGACACAUCAUAUGAGGAUUCAGUGACCUACCAUCUUUAUUCUUAUCAUCUUUGUGAACUGAAGGAUUUUCCACACUUCUUGAGAAAUGUAACGACACUUCAGUACUUGGGCAUUUCUAACAAUAAGAUAUGUGGUCAAAUCCCUAACUGGUUUAGCGGCAUGAGGUGGGACUCGUUGCAGUUCCUAAACCUUUCUCAUAAUUCAUUAACAGGCCACCUACCACAAUUUCAUUUCCAUAGUCUAGAGUAUCUUGAUCUGAAAUUUAACUCCCUUCAGGGUCCACUACCUUCAUCCAUUUGUAACAUGAGGAAACUUACCUUAUUAGAUUUAUCACGCAACCACUUCAGUAACUCGAUUCCAAGUUGCUUGGGAAGCAUGUCUAGUCUAACAGUGUUGGACUUAAGAAGGAACAAUUUCACUGGGAGUCUUCCAUCGUUAUGUGCGCAGAGCACUUCAUUGAGUACCAUUGUCAUAAAUGGUAAUCGAUUUGAAGGAUCUGUCCCUGUGUCGUUGCUCAAAUGCCAUAGUUUAGAAGUCCUUGAUGUGGGGAACAACGCUAUAAAUGACACGUUUCCAGCAUGGCUAGGAACUCUUCAAGUGCUACAGGUCCUUAUAUUAAAGUCGAACAAGUUCCAUGGACCUAUAAGUACCUAUCAGACUAUGUUUUGCUUUCCCAAGUUGCGAAUUUUCGAUCUUUCUAGUAAUGAAUUCAGUGGCUCACUUCCAGCAAAAUUUUUUAGAAACUUCAAGGCAAUGAUCAAAUUAGAUGGCGAAGAAACAGGAGAGAUCAAGUACAUGAAACCAUCUGAGAAGUCAUACAUGUCGUAUGAGGAUUCAGUGAGUUUGGUAAUCAAAGGGCAGGAUAUUGAGCUACAAAGAAUCAGCACAAUUACGACAACCAUAGAUCUCUCAAGCAACCAUUUUGAAGGUGUCAUUCCGGAAACACUAAAGGAUCUCAGCUCACUUUGGCUACUCAAUUUAUCCCAUAACAAUCUCAUAGGUCAUAUUCCAAUGGAAUUGGGGCAAUUGAAUACACUUGAAGCUUUAGAUCUCUCCUGGAAUCGGCUCACUGGAAAGAUUCCACAAGAAUUGACAAGAAUGAACUUUCUGGCGUUCUUGAACGUCUCUCAAAAUCAUCUCGUCGGACCAAUUCCUCACGGUCUACAAUUCAACACAUUUGAAAAUGACUCGUAUGGCGGCAACCUUGAUUUAUGUGGUCCUCCUUUAUCAAAACAAUGUGGAACGAGUGAUUCAUCACAUGUUCCUCAACCAUUGGAGUCUGAACAAGAUGAAAGCGAGUCAUAUUUUUUUAGUGGAUUUACGUGGGAAUCAGUAGUCAUAGGCUACAGCUGUGGACUAGUUGUUGGAACCAUCAUGUGGAGCCUCAUGUUCAAAUAUCGUAAGCCAAAAUGGUUUGUGGAAUUUUUUGAUGGACUCAUGCCUCACGAAAGAACAAGGCCGAAGAAGAGAGCUCAGAGACUACGGACUUAAUGGAAGAUUGAGAGGGGCCAAGUUGUCUUUGUUUGAUUGAACUUUUCUGGUUGUGUGUUUUAAUUUUCUGUUUGUUGUGUUGUAUAUGUUUGAUAGAAACAUAAUUAUAUGCA